AUGUCUGAUGGGCGAACGCAGGCAAAGAAGUCCGUGCCCAAGGAUGAGGGAUAUGAUAACGGCUUCUAUGGCGUAUUGGACAAACCCAACAUAAAGACCGUGCUCUUUGGCAAUUACCGAUUCAAUACGUGGUACGGCAAUGCAGCGUAUUUCAACGCUUACGAUACAGCCCAUAUGGCUUUGGGAUACGACUUUUCCAAUCGUAUCGCCUCAGAUCCCAGUACAGUCACAAAUACUGAAAACUCCAACAUCGAUAAUAACCAUAAUGAUGACGACUACUGGUUGAACGAACUUUAUGUAUGCGAGUACUGUUUCAAAUAUACCUCCAAUUCACACGAGAUGCAACAGCACAGAGUGGUCUGCUCAUAUAAUGUGGCCAGACCGAAAGUGGGAAAGCUCUUGUAUCGAGAUGACCAUACCCCAUAUCUCAUACGAGAAGUGCGAGGAUUCACUGAUCCUCUUUUCUGUCAGAACCUCUGUUUGUUUGGUAAGCUCUUUCUCGACGAUAAAUCUGUGUACUACAACAUCGACCAUUUCAACUUCUAUAUUGUUUACGGCUAUGACAACGAUGUAAAUGCUGACCCUUACACUGAACAACACUUCAAACCCAUGGGUUUCUUUUCAAAGGAAAUGCUAGCUUACGAUAACGACAAUAACCUAGCAUGCAUCUGUGUAUUUCCCCCGUUUCAAAGACGGCACUUGGGCUCAUUGCUAAUAGAGUUUCUGUACGCGUUGGCGCAUGUCACUCCUGGCCAAUACCACAGUGGACCUGAAUUCCCACUCUCUCCGUAUGGCAAGGUUAGCUACCUUCGGUUCUGGUCCAAAAAGUUGGCUAGUGUGAUAACUUCGCAUUUCAAGCCUGGUCUGUCGUUCAGUUUGAAUGAUAUUUCCGACUUCACCGGGUUUAGAAAGGAAGAUAUCUUGCUCACGUUGGAGUACAUGAAACUCUUGAAGAAAGACCUGCGGGGCAAUGUGAAGUUGCUCCUUGGAAAUCUUCAAGAAUGGUGCACUGCCAAUAAUGUUGACCCGAACCAGGAGAAGUCUAUGAUGAAUACUGAGUACCUUCUACUAUAA